AGCAAGUUGAAGUUGCGUGUUUGUAUUUCAUUCAGAGGCGGGUCGAUAGUGCCGCAGUGCUUACCAAACGGGCAGAGAGCGCGGUCCCCCUACCGGCACCUCGAUUGAUGAACAAAAAUGAGUUAUUUAGAAAAAAUGGAUCGCUAUUUGGAUUCAUUGAAAGUUGGAAAGAGUGCGAUGGUGGACUCGUGGUUCAUGAUGUCCAGCCCGUUCCCGAUCCUGACCGUGGUGGUGCUCUACCUGCUCUUCAUCAGGAUCGGUCCUCGGAUCAUGAAGAACAGGCCGCCGCUCGGAAUAAACAAACUCAUUAGCUACUACAACGCCGCGCAAGUUGUAUUAGCUACUAUGAUCUGUAUCAAGGUAUUUAAAUUAAAUCUUUUUAGGGAUGGUAUCCUGUACGCUGGCUGUCGUUAUCCGUCCAAUACCCAAAAUCCAAUGUUACUUGACCUGGGAUGGUGGUACUUCUUCGCAAAGUUCACCGAACUUUUGGACACCAUAUUCUUUGUACUCAGAAAGAAAGAUAAACAGUUAACUUUCCUUCACGUGUACCAUCACGUGAUAAUGGCCUUGUACUCUUGGAGCUACCUCAAGUUCGCUGCUGGUGGGGAGGGAGCAAUCCUCGCCCUUCUUAACUCCGUGGUCCACGUUGUUAUGUAUUCCUAUUAUUUGCUGUCAGGUUUGGGACCAAGAUUCCAGAAGUACUUGUGGUGGAAGAAAUACGUCACUAAAAUGCAAUUGCUUCAAUUCGUUCUGAUGUUGUUGUACUGCGCCUGGACUCACAACUCACCUCGAUGUCAGUACGCCUCCGGCUUUACGUAUUUCAUUUUUAUAAAUGUUACAAUAUUUCUUAUACUGUUUCUAAACUUUUACUAUAAGAACUAUAAAAUCAAAAUGGAUGCAAAGAAGGAGUAUGAGAAAACUCAAAACGGUGUGAGGACAAGCAAGCAUACAAACGGUAUUAAUGAUAAGAAUUAUAAGAAAGAGAAUGGUGUUUGUUCGCAAGUAAGAAACGAGACGGAUGAUGUAGAUGACGUACCGUGUGAAGUGAACCAAGCCUGCGGAGACUUCAUGAAAGACGGUAAGGUCUUUCUGUCUAGACGCACUGCAAGUGCUGCGUAUGGUCCGAAUUAUGAUUUUGACAGUAUAAUAAAAAAAUGAUUUAGUAAACAUUAAUACGCUUUACAAUGUUCAUUCGAGACUGAUGUUUGUGAUGUUGGACAUGCAAAUUUUAUUGUAGCUAAUAAUUCGAUCUGUAAGGAUUAUAGCUGAUACGUUAGGAAGGGAGUGUGAUGUUUGUUUCACGUGGGAAGAUGUUGAAGUACAUAUACUUAUUAUGUAUAAGUUAUAAUAUUAUAUACUUUCAUAAAUGGUAUAUAAUUUUGACAGUACAGUGCAGGUUUUGUGUGCGAUUAUCGAUAUACUUUAUUGGAGGAAAGUCAUUGUUGUUACAGCUUUUUAUAAGGAAUAAACUGAUUUUUUUUUUUGCAAAAAGAAUAUUUAGUAUUGUAAAACACAAGUACAAACGUACCGGCUUAUUUAUUUUGCAUUACUCAGGGUAAAGUAUACAAUAUAAAUAUUUUUUACAAAAAAAACACGACAGCUGCAAGUGGGACUUAUAAUAAGUAGGUGUAAAUAAAUUUUUGCUUAAAGCAUUAUUUUUUAUAAAAUGAUUGUUAGUUAAAAUAAAGUUAGAAUUUGAAAUACUGUGCGCUACAAUAAUAAUUUUUAAAAGGUUAUCAAAAAUAUUUGUAUCCGAAAGCAAUUUUAAUCCGUCGUUAAAAUUAUAAUUAAUAUAAAUGAAGUAA